AUGCUAGUAGUAGAAGUGGUGAAGCAGGUAUCUAAUGGCUUCUUUAUGGCGUCCUGCCAUUUUCCUUGCUCUUCUGCUGCAGACUUUGCCCCUUAUUUCCCUGGAGUUGUUGGUGUUGUUCGAAAUAGAAUUCUUAGUUCUCACACAACUAGGAGCUGGGAUUUUCUACACUUCAAGCCUCAAACUGUGGACGGAAUUCUUUCAAAGGGACAUUCUGGGGUUGGUUCCAUCAUUGGUAUCAUGGACACAGGUAUAUGGCCAGAGUCAAAAAGCUUCAGAGAUAAGGGUAUGGCAGAGGUGCCAUCUCGUUGGAGCGGGAUAUGCCAGGAAGGAGAAGGAUUUAAUCGCUCACAUUGCAAUAGGAAAAUCAUUGGUGCUCGCUGGUAUAUUAAAGGUUAUGAAGCUGAAUUUGGAAAUCUAAAUACAAGUGAUGUGUUUGAGUUCUUAUCUCCUCGAGAUGCUGGGGGCCAUGGCACCCACACAUCAUCUACUGCAGCUGGCGGUCUAGUGGAAAAUGCAAGUUUUAUGGGACUAGCUCAAGGACUGGCAAGAGGGGGUGCCCCAUCAGCUUGGCUGGCUGUCUACAAAGUUUGCUGGGAUACUGGUGGCUGCGCUGAGGCAGAUCUUCUUGCCGCAUUUGAUGAUGCAAUCUUUGAUGGCGUGGAUGUGAUCUCAGUAUCUCUUGGGUCGCCACCUCCACUUGCCACCUAUGUUGAGGAUCCAGUAGCUAUUGGCUCCUUUCAUGCUGUAGCUAAAGGAAUUUCUGUAAUAUGCUCUGCGGGGAAUUCCGGUCCUUAUCCUCAAACAGUUAUUAAUACAGCUCCUUGGGUUGUUACAGUUGCAGCAAGCACCAUUGAUCGAGCUUUUCCUACUGGCCAGGCUUUGUAUGCAGGGAAGAACUCACACACUUUUCACCCUAUUGUUUAUGGAGAAAACAUUGCAGCUGAUAAUUCAUAUGAAGAUAGUGCGAGUCCCAAAUAUGCUGAGAAAAGGCAGCUUCUAAUAGGUUGUACUCGUAACAGAAGUUGUGAUUCAGGAAGCCUGAAUGCUACUUUAGCAAGAGGAAAAGUAAUUCUGUGUUUUGAGUCUCGGUCACAGAGGUCAAAUAUCAUCGCUAGAAGAACUGUGUUGGAUGUCAAGGGUGUUGGUCUCAUAUUUGCACAGUUUCCCACAAAGGAUGUUAGUUUGUCCUUGGACAUUCCCUCUAUCCAAGUGGACUUUGCAAUAGGAACAUAUCUACUGACAUACAUGGAGGCAAGCAGUACUUAUAAAACCCUUGCUGCUGAAUGCUUUUGCAUGCCUAAAUAUAAGAAAUUGCACAACUUGGCUAGAAAUUGUCAAAAGUUGGCAUUUUGUAAUGAAGUCGUUUUAUGGAACAGAAAUCCUUUAGUAAAGUUCAGCUUCACAAAAACAGUUAUUGGACGACAGAUAUCCCCAGAAAUUGCAUUCUUCUCCUCUAGAGGACCAAGUUCCAUCUCCCCAGCUGUAUUGAAGAACUGGUUAUAUAACUGCCUCGUUAUCUUGGCAUCUUUUACAGCAUCUAUAGAGGAUGAAUAUGGUCAGAAAACAGUCGCUGAGGGAGCACCACACAAGCAGGCUGAUCCAUUUGAUUAUGGAGGUGGUCAUGUUGAUGCUAACAAAGCCAUGCAUCCUGGUCUAAUAUUUGACAUGGGGACCUCAGAUUAUAUCCGCUUUCUUUGCGCACUGAACUACAAUAAUUCUGCAAUCAGCUUGAUGACCAGGACUCGCACCCGAUGCAAGAAAUCUGCCAACUUUCUUGUAAAUCUUAAUUUUCCUUCUAUCACCAUCCCAGAGCUGAAGCAGAACUUAACUGUAUCAAGAACAGUCACAAAUGUUGGUCCUGUUACAUCUAUCUACAUUGCUCGUGUUUUAGCUCCACCUGGCACAUAUGUGACAGUUCAGCCACCAGUUUUGUCAUUUGAUUCUACAAGAAAGAAGAUCAAGUUUAAGGUAACCUUUUGUUCUCAGUUACGGAUUCAAGGAAGAUACUCAUUUGGAAAUCUGUUUUGGGAAGAUGGCUUUCAUGUAGUGAGGAUUCCUUUGAUAGUCAGAACUGUAAUUGAUGAUUUUUAUGCAGAAACAUGA